AUGGAAUUUACAAGGGUUGAAUUCGAAACAGCAGAAAGAACUCCCGAUGAAGUAAGGAAAGUUAUAAAAACGGCAAAACUUCACGAGUCUGAAUUAACUGAGAUCACCCAAGUAUUAAGAUUGGCUGAACAAAAUGUUCACAAUUUAAAUUUGAAACUGAUGCUUCUAGAUGAUAAUUUGCUUAAAGAAAUAGAAGCAGGGAACCAGUUAAUAUUUAAAGGUGAUGUUGAUGAAAAUGCUGUUUUGUGUACACAAAGCAGAACCUACGAUAUUAAGGAGGCUGAAACUUCUAACUCUCUCCAUCUCGUUCCUGAUCUGCUGUUUGCAGCUUCAACCGGUGUAGACGACACUAUAGCUAACAACUCCAUGGACGGAGAAUCAGAUUCGUCUUUCGACACAUCGAAUGCGAGUUUAAAUAAAUCAACAGAUUCAGACGACGGUAGACCACCAAGGAGUAUAGUUCACAAAGAUAUAUUAAAUACAUUUUUUACGUAUUACGAAGUAAAACCGUGUAAACCACGGCUGCUUAAACUACAAAAACUAUUAGAGGAAACUUCAUAUCGCGGCCUGGAAUUAGAGUAUGAAGUGGAUAAAACAAAGUUAUUAACGUAUGACGCUAUAUUUGAUGUCGUCCAAGCUUCUCAAGCGGAGUUAGAUGAGGAGUUAUUGAGGUUGCAGGCGUUGAAAAUAGGAGAUCAUUAUCGAUUACUAGAUUUUGAUUACGAGUUUAGAAUCCUAUCAUACAUGCUGGAUCUGAUAGAAGAGAAUUCGUGGCCAUUAAAUAAAAUAUCGAAAGAAAUUACUUUGGAUAGCUUGAAGGACUUAAUGCCUGCCUGUAUUUUGGAAGCAAUGUUUGGAUUUUAUACUACGGAAUCGGUUGAAGAAGACGGAACGAAAUACUACCAGUACAAAGAAGAUAAAGUUUGCCGAUUUUUGGCGCGAGUGCUCUUGAAAAGUGCGGGGAAGUUUAAUUUAGUAGAAUUUAUGCAAGCGUGGCGGGAUUCUGUACCGGAAGGAAUGAUAACACAUAAAUCUAUGCUGGCUGGUAUAGCGAUAAUAGAUGAAUCCUCACAACCAUCAGUUAUAUGGGGUUUCUCAGCGGGUGAUCUGCCUGAAGACUUGAAUCAGCGGUUUAAGAUUCUGUUCCAAGCGAAAGCGAAAUGGACCCUUCCGGAAAUAUCGCCGUAUAUUGAGUAA